CUGAUGGAGCCCUUGGAGUAAGUAUCAGUGCCCCGGGAGGUGCUAUUGCUUCUGUUCCAAACUGGACCCUGCGAGGAACACAACUCAUGAAUGGCACAUCCAUGUCUUCUCCCAAUGCAUGUGGAGGCAUUGCAUUAGUGCUGUCAGGACUCAAAGCUAGUGAUAUUCAUUACACUGUUCACUCUGUCAGAAGAGCUUUAGAAAAUACUGCAGUGAAAGCUGAAAACAUAGAAGUAUUUGCACAAGGACAUGGUAUUAUUCAGGUUGAUAAAGCCUAUGACUACCUCAUUCAGAAUUCAUCGUUCACAAGUAACAUAGGCUUUACAGUUACUGUCGGCAGCAACCGUGGAAUCUACCUCAGAGAUCCUGCCCAGAUAGCUGCACCUUCUGAUCAUGGGGUUGGCAUAGAACCUGUCUUUCCUGAGAAUACAGAAAACACUGAAAGAAUAUCUCUCCAGCUUCAUUUAGCUUUAACUUCAAAUGCACCAUGGGUCCAGUGUCCUAGUCAUUUAGAGCUUAUGAACCAAUGUCGACACAUAAAUGUUCGUGUGGAUCCACGUGGCCUGAGAGAAGGACUACAUUAUACAGAGGUUCGUGGCUAUGAUAUAGCAAUGCCUAAUGCAGGCCCUCUGUUCAGAGUUCCAAUAACUGUUGUUAUCCCAACAAGAGUAGAUGAAUCAUCAAGUUAUGACCUGAUAUAUACAGAUGUUCAUUUUAAACCUGGUCAAAUCCGAAGGCACUUCAUUGAUGUUCCACAGGGAGCUACGUGGGCUGAAGUGACAGUAUGUUCAUGUUCAGCUGAUGUGACUGCCAAGUUUGUGCUUCAUGCUGUUCAGCUAGUGAAACAAAAAGCAUAUAGAAGUCAUGAGUUCUACAAAUUUUUAUCCUUACCAGAAAAAGGAUCAGUGACUGAAGCAUUUCCUGUCUUAGCUGGAAAAACUAUUGAAUUCUGUGUUGCUCGGUGGUGGGCAAGCCUUAGCGAUGUUAGCAUUAAUUACACAGUUUCUUUCCAUGGUGUACUUUGUGCUACUCCUCAGCUAAACAUGCAUGCUUCAGAAGGCAUCGUACGAUUUGAUGUUCAAUCCCUGUUGAAGUAUGAAGAUAUUGCUCCAUGCAUAAAUCUGAAAAGCUGGGUUCAAACGCUCAGACCAGUGAGUGCAAAAAUAAAACCUUUGGGCUCCAGAGAUAUUUUACCAAAUAAUCGUCAACUGUAUGAGAUGGUUUUGACCUAUAACUUCCAUCAGCCUAAGAGUGGAGAAGUAACUCCAAGUUGUCCACUUCUUUGUGAACUGUUGUACGAAUCUGAAUUCGAUAGUCAACUGUGGAUUAUUUUUGACCAGAACAAAAGACAAAUGGGUUCAGGAGAUGCCUAUCCACACCAGUAUUCUGUGAAACUGGAAAAAGGAGAUUACACUAUUCGGUUACAAAUUCGUCACGAGCAGAACAGUGAGCUGGAUCGCAUCAAAGACCUUCCAUUUAUUGUUUCUCACAGGUUGUCUAGUACCUUGAGCUUAGAUAUUUAUGAAAACCAUAGCCUUGCUCUCUUAGGGAAGAAGAAAUCCAACAGUUUGACAUUACCACCAAAACACAGUCAGCCAUUCUUUGUUACGUCUCUGCCUGAUGACAAAAUACCUAAAGGAGCAGGACCAGGAUGUUAUCUUGCAGGAGCUCUUACACUGUCUAAAACAGAACUUGGAAAGAAAGCUGAUGUCCUUACUGUUCAUUAUCAUCUGAUACCAUCGCCAUCAAAGAGUAAAAAUGGCAGCAAAGAGAAAGAAAGAGAACAAGAAAAAGAAAAAGAUGUAAAAGAAGAAUUUGCUGAAGCUUUAAGAGAUCUAAAAAUACAGUGGAUGACCAAGCUGGAUACCACUGACAUGUAUAAUGAGUUGAAAGAAGCAUUUCCUAAUCAUCUUCCGUUGUACGUUGCAAGACUUCAUCAGCUGGAUUCUGAAAAGGAGCGAAUGAAAAGACUUGAUGAAAUUGUUGAAGCUGCAAAUACUGUAAUCUCUCAUAUUGAUCAGACAGCAUUAGCAGUAUAUUUUGCCAUGAAGACUGAUCCCAGACCUGAUGCAACUACUAUAAAAAACGAAAUGGAAAAACAGAAGACUACUUUAGUGGAUGCACUUUGUCGAAAAGGAAGUGCACUGGCUGACCAACUUCUUCAUCUGCAGGCCCAAGAAGGGGCUGCUUCCAGUGAUGCAGAAGGCAAAGAUGAGGAUCAUGAGAGCUGCUCAGAAGCUUUGACAGAGACAUUCUGGGAAACCACAAAAUGGACAGAUCUUUUUGACAGCAAGGUUUUGACUUUUGCCUAUAAGCAUGCGUUGGUAAAUAAAAUGUAUGGGAGAGGUCUCAAGUUUGCCACAAAACUUGCAGAAGAGAAGCCAACGAAGGACAACUUGAAAAACUGCAUUCAGCUAAUGAAGUUGCUUGGAUGGACUCACUGUGCAACUUUCACUGAAAACUGGCUUCCUGUCAUGUAUCCACCUGAUUAUUGUGUAUUCUAGAAAACCGACAAUUGUAAACUUAAAGUGAUUUUAUAUGGGGCAGGAUACAAAAAGAUAAGUUUGACUUUUUAUUGGAACGCAUGUUUUCAUUUCUGAAUGCUGAUUAUUAAAUUGUGUGUAUUUAUCAGUAACAGCACCUGGGUACAGCUUAAUACCUGUUAUCCUAACUCCUGUCAUCAGGGAGUUUCCUUAUCGUGCAUCCCAUUGCUGGCAAUGGAUGUGCCAGAACUGCCAACACCAAGGAUUUGGAAUUAGGCUGGGAAGGCUUACUGCAUGCAUGUUAGGUUCUUAACUGUUACUUUUAACUGCAAACCUGUAAAAGCUCUGCAUUUUUUACAGUAAACUGAAUUUUAACAUGUUUGAUCUUAAUUUCAAUUGUAUGAAGGCCUUAAAGCUACUUCAAGAGUAGCUGAAAUCUUAUUUAUUAGACUAAAGUAAUGGGACAUCAUUACCUGUAUUGUUUGCAAGAGUUUACAUUUAAUUUUUUUUAAGAAAAAUUCAACCUCUCAAACUGGUACAAUGUGUAACUCGGAAUUGCUGA